UUUCGUCUAGGCCUUUCCGAGGAGGACCACCGCAACUCGCGAUGGCAGUACUUGGGGGUACCGCCCAUUUGCCCUGCGACGUUCGGGCGCCCAAUCGCACCGACUCCUACAUCCUCGUCGUCUGGUACAAACAGGACGUCAAUCCUAUUUUCAGCUACGACAUACGAAAUAAGCACCCAUCGAAAGCGCAACAGUGGAUGUCGGACUAUCUGAAUCAACGAGCAUUUUUUCAACCGAAGUCAGAGCCAGCGACACUCAACAUCAACAACGUAGUAGAAAGCGACGAGGGGGAGUACAGGUGUCGUGUCGACUUUAUGAAAAAUCCUACGAGAAAUUCCUGGGUACAUCUAACCGUCAUCAUUCCGCCGCAUUUACCGAGGAUCGAGAACGAAGCCGGUCAAAUCGUCAAAUCCGUAGCUGGACCCUACGUGGAAGGAGGCGAUAUGCGACUGAAGUGUAUAGUAACCGGAGGCCGACCACAGCCAACGUUACGUUGGUGGCGACGCGAAACGCUGCUAGAUGGCAAGGACGGCCCAGGCGACUCGCUGUCGGUCAAGAGUAACACGCUGGUCGUGAGAAAUCUUGACAGGUCGGAUCUGCACGCCGUGUUCACGUGUCAAGCGUCCAACAACAACAUCAGUCUGCCCGUCUCGGCCUCGGUGGCCAUCGAGAUGCACUUGCGUCCGCUGAACGUGACAAUAUUGACGAGCGAGGACGCGCCGCUGAGCGCCGGCCGCAAGUACGAAAUCAACUGCAUGAGCGUGGGCUCGCGACCGCCUGCCAAGCUCACCUGGUACAUGGAGGGCCAACUGCUCAGCAACUACACGGAAAAGGUAUCGCCGGAUGGAAAUAUGACAUCUUCGAUUCUGACGUUCGUGCCGUCGCUGCACGACAAUGGCAAGCUAAUUACGUGUCGAGCCGAGAAUACCUACAUCGCAGGAGCCGUCGAGGAGGACACGCUGAGGCUCAACGUUUACUAUGUUCCAAUGCUCAACCUGAAGCUUGGCUCCAACAUGAACCCCGACGACAUCGAGGAGAACGACGACGUAUACUUCGAAUGCGAGGUAGACGCCAAUCCCGGAGCGUACAAAGUCAUCUGGAAGCACAAUGGCAACGUGCUGCAGAACAACGCCAAGCUGGGAAUGAUAGUGCAGCAGACGAGCCUAGCGCUGCGCAAGGUCAGUCGUUCGCAGUCGGGCAACUACACCUGCAUCGCCAGCAACGUCGAGGGUGACGGCAUCAGUAACAACGUCGAGCUCAAGAUAAUGUACAAGCCGAUCUGCCUGCCCGAGCAGAAGCGAGUGUACGGGGUCGCGCGACACGAGGAGGCGCGAGUGAUCUGCAGGGUGGAGGCCUACCCGGAGCCGGACAGCUUUCGCUGGACGUUCAACAACACCGAGGAGAUGAGCGAGGUGCCGCAAGCGCGCUACAAGGACUCGAAGCACCAAGCUCAGAGCGUGCUUACGUACAAGCCCGUCAACGAAAUGGAUUACGGCACCGUGCUCUGCUGGGCGAACAACCAAGUCGGCCAGCAGAAAAGCCCUUGCGCCUUCCACAUUAUCGCCGCAGGUAAACCCGAGCCACCGUACAAUUGCACACUGGCCAACCAAACGACGCAGUCGCUGUCGGUCGAGUGCACGCCGGGCUUCGACGGCGGCCAAACUCAACACUUCCAGCUCGAGGUCUACGACCAACUGACGGGGCAGCUUCGAGCGAACCUGAGUUCGCGCGACAGCGCCACUUUCAACGUGCACGAGCUCGAGUCUGGACGUAUACUGCGUAUGGCCGUCUAUGCGGUCAAUUCCAAGGGCCGCAGCGAGUCAAUCCUCCUCGAGGGAUUCACCCUGAAAGUCGCUGAAAAGCAGACUGGUGAGUCUCUCAGCUUUCUGCGCGUGCUGUUCACAGGGACCCCUGUGCCUUUCGAGAUAACGCCUUUGCUUGGGAUCCUCAUAGGGGUCGUUGUGGCCCUGUUGCUGUGCACGGUCACGGUGCUGCUGGCGCUGAAGGUGCGCAGCGACAGGAGGGCGCAGAGGCCCGGUGACUUGCCGCUGAAGAAAGCCACCGCGCCAAGUUCAGAAGACCUGUACGAUCCCGACGACCGCAAUCCUGAUGUCAUUCCUACCAAUAAAGAUUCGGACUAUCAGUUGACGGGCUCAAUGGCUGGCACGCCGCUUGUGGUGCAGGGCACUCCGGACGGGCUGUCAACGACGUCACUGCCAACGAAUGGCCAAACGGCAGCGACGACAACGACGGCAACGAUGACAGCUACGACGGCGGCGGCGGCAGCGGCAGUGACGGCAGCAGUGGCGCAACAGCAGCAGCAGCAGCAGCAGCAGCAGCAACAACAACAACAACAACACCAGCAGUCCAUACCAACAUCGAUGCCGGUCGCGAAUCACCUGCCGAGCUACUCGCUGAACGACUACAACAAUUACCCAACGCUGACGCUGGGCGGCGAGGUGACGUACGCGGAGCUGUGCCUGGCGCGGCCGUCGCCGGUGGACGGCAAGCUCGCCAGCCUGGGCAGCCUGGCGGGCUUCGGCAGCAGCGCGGGCGUCGUGCUGGGCGGCGGCAUGGGCGCCGGCAACAAGCUCCCGGCAGGCGGCUACGUGGCGGCCAAGGAGGCGACGGUCUACGCGUGCAUCGACCACAGCGCCCGGCCGCCCAAGGUGGAGUCGCCGUCGGCGGCGAGUCUCGCCUCGGACUCGCUGCACCUGAAGCAGCACCCGCGCGAGGUGGUGACGGUGCGCACGCCGCUGAUAUCCAGCCAAGAGAGCUGCGUAUAGGGACGCGAUCCCGACGCGACUUCGCUCAACGUCAACGAGUACUACGUCUGAUUCGGCGAUCGCGUCGAGAGAGCCGCGUCGACGCGGCGCUUGCGAGCGGCGAACUCUGCUGCGCCCCCUCCGCUGCACCGCCACUGCGUCUUCGAUGCAGCUUUCUGUGCCGGAACCUUUGGCAUCUGCACGCGUCAUUUCCCACGGCGGCCUUUAGUCCGUAGGCUUUCGUUUGAGCCACUUGUCGAAUAAAUUACCUUCCGCGAGGCGGCUGUUGUCGAGGCGCCACGACAGACGGCAGCGCAGUCGGCGGCCAGUCGCGGGGCGAGAGAACCAGGCCGGCUGGCUCGAGGCUGCGCAGCCGACUUGGCCGCGCGUGUCGAUUCGAUCCGCCGCCGGCUGCGCGCGGCUGCGUGCUGCUGCGUGCUGCUGCGUGCUGCUGCGUGCGGCUGCGUGCUCCUUCUUUUUACCCAACUGCGCAGAAAGUUCGCCGGCAGCCCCGAGCUCCUGUAUAUACGUGCGUACCUCGCGUAACCGCGUUAUUCGACGCAAGUCGGCAACCGACGGCGCGAGGCUCGUACACCUGUACAAACUUGUAUAACGCAAUUGCAGAAUUGAAUUUGACGAGUCGUCGCGGCGGCGACAGCAAGGCGGAGAGCUCCGCGCAACGUGCUCUCCGAGGGCAGCGCCGCGUCACGCGAGCCUCCACUCAUGUAUACAUUGUAUUGAAAUUAAAAGUGUAUCAUCGAUUAAUCUCGUGCCAGUAAUCUGUACGAUACGGUUUUGUCCCCGAUCCCCUUGUAAUUAAUACUCCUUUCGCCCGUCCCCUCCGAACACUCUUAACCCGCCCACUCGUCAGUUUUUUCUAUAAUAAAAGCCCUUUUUUACACUGAUCUUUUUGCGCGUCGUUCUUAUUCGUAAUAAUCGACAUAAUCGACUUCUUAAAAAGGAUUAAUCUAGUAAACGAUAUAAUUGAGUAUAACUUUCAAUUAAUCCGACACACUAAAACCUAAAUAGUAUUCGUGCCUACUCCAAGACCAUUAACACGUCUAGCUCGUAAACUUUCCAGAUUCAGCACUACGCGCGAUCUGAUCAACACGCAAUCGUCAGUGUACGACUAGUCUCCGCCGCACGUGAAACUCGUUCGUUGACCGAAAACCAUCGUCUCGAUCAAAAACACUGUAGCAAGCCGACAAUUAGAACGUACAGACAGAGAGAAGAGAAAAGGCAGUCGUAAAAGCGCACGAUUGAUAUUGCAAAACUUGUGCGCAACGCGUUAACAUUUCUCGUUGGAAUUCCCGGCUAUUUGGAUAGGUCGCAAAUGCACAUCUGCGUUACAAAUCACGGUCCGCGAGUGUCAGGGAGAAUCGCGGCAAAAAAACUGGUGGAGCAAAAAACAACGGUAAAGCGACGAGCGAAACACGUGUCGAGCACUUCUCGUUUAUCAGCGAACUCGUGCAGAGCCGCGCAUCCAAGCACUUUUUUAUUCCAACAUUAGCGUGUUUAAUUAGACUCGGUACAGCUGCCCACUACCCACCCUCGACCUCCCCCCCCUCCCUCUCUUCAUUUGUAUUGCGUUCAGUUUGUCAAAGCGCUUACUUCACCGCGUCGAGCGUAAAACUUUUUGUUCGCCUUCUACGUGUAAAUAAUGUAAAUAUGCGUGAUAUAUUACUUUUUUUUUUCUUAAAUCGUAAGAGAUCUGUCUAUGGAGAGACGUGAAAUAAGAGUUCUCAUAAUAAUAAUCCUGCAAAAUGAGAUGCAUACCAGAGAUUAGAGAUUCCUCGAAUCUCACAUCGAAGAGAAAAAGAUCGAGAACAGUACGAAAGAGAGGGAAACGAGAAAUCGGAACUCGACGCGCAUGUAUCAUGCAUGAGCAAGGCACUUCGCGAGUUUCCUUUUCUUUCCCUUUUUUACUUCUUCUUCCACCUCCCUCUUCUCUCUCUCUCUCUCUCUCUCUCUCUCUCUCUCUCUCUCUCUCUCUCUCUCUCUCUCUCUCUCUCUCUCUCUCUCUCUCUCUCUCUCUCUCUCUCUCUCUCUCUCUCUCUCUCUCUCUCUCUCUCUCUCUCUCUCUCUCUCUCUCUCUCUCUCUCUCUCUCUUCUCGUUGUGGAAUGGAGAACUUGCAUGCAGAAUUUCAGUUAUACUAUGCGCGCGGAAGGGAAAAGCUCCACGAGAGGCUUUCGUGCACUUGGAUUCUCCGAGCCGUGCGAACGAAAAAACUAAGACGGAUUAAUGUAUUUUAGUAUUCUGAUAGAGCAAUUAUCUUUGAAAUUGACGAGAUAGUUAGAUUCGCUUUCUCGACAGACACGAUACUAGACGUUAUUUUUUUAAAAGGUUUCAUGGUUUCUCUCUCUCUCUCUCUCUCUCUCUCUCUCUCUCUCUCUCUCUUUCUUUCUCACUCUCUCACCCUCUCUCCUUUUCCUCCUUCCAUGACAUCUAAUUUUUAAUAAAAUUCUACACUGAACGCUCUUUCGCGUAAUAAAAUGAGAUAUUGGAUGAGAAGAGGCGGAGAAAAGGAGAGAGGGGGCAUGCAAGUUUUCCAUUAUUGGAGAUGAUGAUAAAAGACUAUAAAAAAAGCGGUAUUACGUCGUUACUCUACCUUUUGAUCGGGCGAUCUAUGACUCUUUUGAACUAACCUUGUAAAAUAAUCCAUUGUACAGCAUACAUAUUUUUCCAAAGUGCGUUAAGUGAAUUGACAGCGUUGACGAGGUACACAGUAAGAAAAAGAAGUUUAAGCAGAUUCAAGAUAUAAAAUGAUACACGUAUAUUAUAUAUAUGAAGAGAAUUGCGAUUAGAAUGAAAAAGCGAUUUGGUGAUCGAAAGUAAAGAUUAUGUAAAAUGCGCAAGAACAUUAAUACGUCUUUCUUCUGAAUGUAUGUUCGUGACCAUUAUACGUAUUUGGAAUAAAUGCGAAGGCGUAAAGCGAUGAGCGGCUGAAUGGAGAUUGCAAAAAUAAUAGAGAGAUUUGUCAAGUAUAUUGGCGAGAAAAAGGAAAAGAAAGAGAAAUCGAUUUGAGCUGACAUUGUUAUUUUGGCCGAGCGCUCGCGGCUACAGCCAUUUCAUCAUCCAUCAAAGUAUUUUUCUCUCGUGCCAGAUUUUUUCGCGGGUUUUAUCAAUUCCAUCGAAGCCUUUUUCGGGUCUAGGCUUCUUCGCCAGCACACACACACACACACACACACACACACACACGUCAGGAUGCCCAGUCCGUUUUCAAGUAUUUUAAGCACGCGCCUCGUUAACGAUUUGCGGAUUUGGCGCGCCACCGCGAAACGACGUCGGUCGAAUAUUUUUGAGCGCGAGCGCGCGCCCCGUGCGCGAAUUCUCACCGAGUGGGCCAAUCUCUCCGCUAUCUCUGGCGCACAGCGGCACGAACGUUCGAGUUUUUUUUCCAUCGGCCUUUAUCUCACUGGCGCGCUCCCUUUUUUGCACGUUCCAUUUCAUUGGCACGUCUCGAUUUUUAUUUAUUGCUCGGGCGCAACAGCGGGUGGGCGCGCGCGAGCAAAAUACAAAAAUGUCAGGCCGGUCAGGCCGAAAGGUGUUGGGCGAGCAACGAAAAAAUGCGAAUCGAAUCAAUGUAGCCGACGAAAGACGAGAGAGAGAGAGAGAGAGAGAGAGAGAGAGAUGGACGUUUGUUGGUGGACGUUGUCGCAGGCGCUCGCAGCGACAGCGACGGGCCGCUCUCGUUCCUCAUUGCUGCGGACGCGCUGCGAACGAGGAGACGAGGCUGUGCCGGCGCUGGUGGCCGGCAGACAGCGCAGGAUGUUUCGAAUUUCCUAAUGUUACACGAAUUCAGCGUUUUAUCCGUGUUUUUCAUGGCGCUUCGAUACGGCGCGUCCAAUUUUUAUCGACGGCCUCGCGGCGCGCCCGUGCCCGAGCCUGCUCCGUUUGCGAUCGAUACGCGCGCGCCUCGAGCUCGUCUCGUUGUACAAUAUAUAUAUUAUAAAAACCAUGGAGAGCACGCCCGCGACAAUGACCGAGGCAAAUUUACCGCCGGCAGCGCCCGGGACUUUACAAUUUUGAGGAGUUGAGCGACAGAGCUGGCGACUCCAGUGCACAAUCCUGUGAGACGCAACAGUGACCACCGCCAUAUACGUGUAUUUACAAUAAUAAUAGAUCUAUAUAUACAUACGUCAUCGUAUUAUGAAAUAAAC